AUGUCGCUCAAGCGCCUGCUUAAUCCUGAUGAUGGAACCGAUGCGGACGAUGCGCGGUCACGAAAUCGCUCCUUUUCGCAAGAAGCAAGGCUAGAGAAUGCCGAAGCCGAAUCCUCCUAUUACCCGAAUCCUUAUGAAAGUGAUGCUCUCUUACUAGAGCCGUCCUUCCAAAAUCAUCUUUACACGGACAAUAAUAUCUUGCCCAAUCUCUCAACCGAACCAGCCUUUUCAAGCCAGGAUGGCCUUUUUGUCCCCUUUGAUCAAAGUUGGUUUUCUCAACCCGAGUCUGAUAAUGUGAUGUCAAUUGAUUCUACGCCUGCUAUCAACUCCAUCGAUUCGGCGGGGGUUCUCGAAGAGGCUUUUACUGCAGAUGUUGGGAAUUUUGUCACAGAAGAGCUAGUAUUAUACGGAAUGUUCUACAAUGAGAAGGUCAAACUUGUGGGACAGGGCGAAGAACUGCAGAAAAGAGUACAAGAACUUAAAAAUGGCGGCUCAUACCUUCCCAGAAGUUAUACCCUCCGUGUCCGACCAUCGGCUGAUUUGCAACUGUUUCUCAAGUUCGCCGAUAAUGGGGAUCUGGGAUAUCUCAGUGAGAAGAUGGAGCGCGGGCUCAAGGAUCUCGUUAGUGAGACCAACAUUGAACUCGAUGCUGUAGUCAAUCUACAAAGUCUCAGUGAUGCAAUCCGACGGGCUCAAAAACAAUCAGAAGCAGCAAUUCGUGUAGAUGUGAAUAUUUAUGGGCCAGAAGCUUCUCGUGACCGAGUCGGAACAUACCUCUCGGAUAGGGGCCUUUUCUUACAACCUCCCAACGAGCGGCGCAGGGGAGCAAGAUAUGAUAAUCCGCAUAUAUUGCAACUAGACGGUCUACCGGAGUCAGACACAGAGGAUGCUAAUUCUGAUAACGAUGCUGGCUCUUCCAAUAUAUCUUCAGAACAGAACGAAGAUUUUCAAAACACGAUAGCGGAAGUCUUCAACUCGUUGACCCGGUCAGAAGAGCUCCGUGGAGUCAGGGGAAGCGAAGGCUUGAAUAGAGCUUUGUAUCCGUAUCGACACGUUAUCACCAAAGCUCAGCAAAACGAAUUACCUGACGAAAGCGGUGGGGGUAUUCUUGCCGAUGAAAUGGGAAUGGGAAAAUCCCUGACCACCCUGGUAUUGAUCGAGAAGACUCAGAGCGAUGCAAUCAAAUGGGCAGAAGAACAUAAGACUCAAUCGGAUGACAUUUUGGCUAAACGGCAUUGUCGAGCUACUCACUUGGAAAAUAGCCUGCGGGUCUUCAAGUAUCACGGAAAGGACCGAAAAAAGCACCUGAGUGAUAUAGAGCAUUGUGAAAUUGUUAUUACUACCUAUAAUACGCUUGCCAAGGAGCAUGGAAUCAGAAACAAUGGCGGUGGUCAAAGUCCUCUACAUGAUAUGGAGUGGUAUCGUGUGGUUCUGGAUGAAGCCCAUAUGAUUCGUCGCCAGGCCACAACCUUUCAUCGUGCAGUGCGCGACCUAUCAGCCAAAUCUCGUUGGUGUUUGUCCGGAACUCCCAUUCAGAACAGUUUAAUCGAUCUUGGAGCAUUGCUCGUUUUUAUACAAGCAAGACCCUUCCAUCACCUGGGAAUCUUCCGCCACUGGAUUUCCAAUCCAUUUGAAGCGAUAUCAACAAGGCACCGGGCUAUAGAAAGACUCGCUCUUCUACUUGAAGGUAUAUGUCUACGACGCACAAUCGAGAGAGUAGAUCUCCCAGGCCAGCGAGACGAGAUACAUGCCAUAGACUUUACGCCGGCUGAGCGCAAGCAGUACGAGGAGACAAAGAAGGCAAUGCAGCGCUUCAUUAUCCAAAAGGUUGGAGAAUACAAUAAACAGAAAACAUUUGGCAUGUUCCAGAUAUUUCUACAGCUUCGGAGUUUUUGUAACCAUGGGACAUAUCAACGCCCGUUCUCAUGGACUAAAAAAAUGCUGCUUGAUGAGGAAGCGGACCCUGUCUGUUCCAUCACACGUGAUAGUCUGGCUCGUUGCGUGGGGUGCAGAGAGCCCUUGCCGUUGAUCUUUGGAGAUAGUAGGCCGGCGUACGCAGAAAAUUGCAAGCAUGUUCUGUGUAAAGACUGCUCGCCAGUCACAGAACGUUCGUCAAACCCGGCUUUGCGGCCCAGCUGUCCGAUAUGCAAAUCUCGAAAAGCCAUGCCUUUUUCCUUCAGCCAAAAUAGCCAGCCUCCCUCCCAAGACUCGACAGAAGCAGAUAAUGACGGUGAUGGCUACUUACGGUCAAAUGGUCUGUCGUCCAAGAUGAUUAUGCUUGUAUCUGAUGUUCAGAAAGAUCUAAAUACUACUAAAAGUAUCAUAUUUUCAUGUUGGACAAGAACACUCGACCUUAUCGGAAAACAUUUGAGCAGCGCCAACAUAGAGUACGCUCGUAUUGACGGCAAGACACCGCUGGCCCAGCGUCAGAAGACUCUCGAUAAUUUUGAUCGCACUAGGAACAUAUCUGUUCUGAUAAUGACUACCGGUACUGGAGCUCUUGGUUUGAACCUCAAAUCGGUAAAUCGAGUCUUCAUAAUAGAGCCUCAGUGGAACCCUGCUGUUGAGAGUCAGGCUAUUGCACGCGCAAUCCGUCUAGGGCAGACAGAGCAGGUACUAGUAAUACGAUAUCGCGUAAAGGGCAGCAUCGAGGAGAAUAUGUGCGAGCAACAAAUGCAAAAGCUGAAGAUUAGCAAGAUGGAUUUCAGAAAGGACUUCUUGACUGUACCGGCCGGCCUUUCCGAUGUCGAUAGUGAAUCUGUUUCAGACCAGGCUACACCGGAUUCAUGUUCUGAUAUGGCAAUGUAG